AUGGCCACAGUUGAAGAGAAGGAGGAGGAUGAGAAAGCGAAGCGGAAACCCCCGAGGCCGAAACGAAUAUGUUUCUCUUUCGCGGCGUACGCCAGCAGCCUCCUUAACAAUCUAAAAUCCUCAAACGUUGUAAUCGACGAAGGAUUAUCGGACCUAGAACUCCGAAACCUAGAAUCUAAAUUGAAAUUCUUGUUCCCACCGGACCUUCGCGCGAUCCUCCAACAAGGCCUUCCCAUAUCACAAGGCUUCCCCAAUUGGCGUUCCUCUUCGACACAACAACUCCAAAUUCUCCUCAACCUCCCCGCCUCCCUGAUUCUCCGUCGCGUCUCCAACACGCGCUUCUGGCACCCCUCGUGGGGCCCGAAGCCUCCCGACCCGACCCAGGUACUUCGCCGGUUGUUAAAUGAUGCACCGCGCCUCGUCCCGAUUUACCGGCAUUGCUACAUUCCCUCCUCCCCGGAGGCUGCCGGAAACCCUGUUUUCUACGUGGAUGACAGCGGGGAUGUCUGUUUGCUGAGCUUCGACUUGUCGGGGUUUUUCCGGGAGCUUCUGGCACAGGAAACGGAUGAGCCGGUGUGGGCUGCGACGGCGGCUAGGAAGGUGAGGUUCUGGUCGGAGCUGGGGGAGAACCAGUGCGGGAGGUGGUGGUGGUGGGGCAUGGCGAAGGAGGAGCUCGGGGGAUGCUUGGAUAGAACGGUGUGGAAAUUGAGAGAAGGAGGGUGGACGGAGGAGGAGAUACGCGAGAUGGUGACGGUGGAAGAGAAGAAGAAGAUACACGAGUUGAAAUUGAAUAACAAAGAGGACAUGGCGCGGCACGUGAGAGUCCUAUCAUUGGUUUUGCUGCGUGCGGGGUGGAGCAGGGAAGAUGUUGUGUAUUCGCUUGGGGUGGUUGGUGAUGAGGAAAAAUCCACCCUCGAAUUCCAUCAAGAAUCGUUAGAUCAACGCAACGUCAACAUCAACGGCUUCUAA